UCAUAGUCCAACGUGCUCUUUUAAAUAUAACUUCUGUCCGAUAAGUAUGUCGAAACGUCGAUAAGGUUAGGUUUAUAGGUCAGUGUUACGGACGGAUAGACAUACAACUCGACAUGAAGGCUGCUGUGGUUGUGUGUGCUAUUUCCGCUUUGCUGCAGCUCACGGCAGCAUGCUGCAGCUGCAAAUGCAAGUGCGGAGCCCCCGAGCUCUCCCUGAUCUACCUUGACGCUCCCCCGCCGGCCUGCGCGCCCCCACCCUUAUGCCUGCCGCCACCUCCACCCCUAUACCUACCUCCCCCGCCGCCAUUAUGUUUACCGCCACCGUGCUUGCCUCCACCAGCACCGAUAGUGUACUCAGCUCCGCCAGCGCCCUUACCUCCACCAUGUGCGCCUGCACCUAUGUAUCUGCCUGCCCCCGCCCCGUUACCACCCUGCGCCCCUAGCCCUAUAUACUUGCCAGCCCCUGCACCCCUCCCACCAUGCGCUCCUGCACCUAUAUUCCUGUCUGCCCCUGCCCCAUUGGCUCCUUUACCACCUAUAAAACUUAGUUUACCACCCUGCGCUCCACCUGCUCCUAUAGUUCUACCAGCUCCGGCACCUUUUGCCUUACCACCCCCGUGUGGCUAUGCCCCCCCUUUGCUCCCCCCACCAACUUACCUGCCCCCCUGUGGAUGCGCUGAGCCUAAAGUGACCUUCUUGCCUUAUCCCCCACCAUGUGGGUGUGGAUGUUAGGUAAAAAAAACUGACUUGAUUGCGAUUAUUAUCAAAUCAUUUAAGAAACUCAAUUAUUAAGACGAUUUUUUCGAAUUUUAAUUACCUAUCAUAAAAGAAAGGAGCAUUUCAAAUAUUUGUAUGGAAUUGGGUUUUCGCCCUUCAUAGUUAUAAUAAUAAAAAAUCUAGAAAAGUCACAUCAAGUUAAGUAAAAAUCUUUUCCAUGUCAAUAUCCAGAAGAAAACCGGGACUACGUUUGUAUGGAGAAACGGUCGUCCCCUUUCCUCUUAACAUAUACCUAUAUUCGAAUGAAUCAUGUAUUCCUCAAGGGAUCAAUGAUCACACUCGUAAACCUUUGAAUUUAAACAAAUUUGAAUAGUAAUCAAUUAACUUCUUUUUGUAACAAGUCGCUGAUGCAAAAAUGAUAAUUUAAUACUGAUCGUAACCCAAGAAAAAAAUGAAACCGGGGGGCGUGGACGGAAAAAAGCUAAAAUUUAUUCAAUUAUGUAAAAAAAGACAGAAAUCACUUUUAUUACAAAGUUAGGCGUUUAUAUAACGGUUGAGUUAAAAUAUCAAAAAUAAGGAAUCUUCACAAAAUAUGUUUUUUUAUUCAUGUAUUUUAUGGUGUAUGAUUUUUGAAAUAAAUAAUAUACUUAACUCAA